UUUGAUACCCUUGAGCCAGUCUUUUGAACCGAGAGGCCGAGGUGAACAUGUAGUCAGCCUGUUGAGUGUGUUUGUGUGAAUUCAUUCAGAUUUUUAUCAUCUCCUCAGGAACAAAUCCCCCCAAAACAAAUCCAUAUUUCUGUUAGUCACGCAGUAUUUAAGUAUUUUGUUUUGUCUCCUCUGGAGAACCCAUCUGAAUGAUCCUGACAAAACAGGCUUUUGUUUUUAAAGUAAAUUUAAGGACAAAAUAUUGAGGCGGAACCCGCCCAUAUACACAGGGAGUACUUCGGAGUCAGGGAAAAUAAAUCAAGCGCGGUUUAACUAGGUGGUUAAAAUGCCAGAGGAGCCAGUUUCUCUGAUGUAGUUCUCUGCCAAAGCCGCAGCGCGCACACGCACGCAACUCAGCAACAAAGUGCGCCUGUGCUGCGAGGGAUGGUUGAGCACUACACAGCCCGUCCUCACUGAGGCACACACUUUUUGUCGAGCUCCGAGUUUGGAUGACUGCCACAGGAUCCCGCCUGGGUCUUGAGGACAAAAUGCGGAGUCCCGAACCGAACCCGUCGCCUCGUUUGGUCGUCUUUGUGCAGUAAUGGGCGGCUGAAGCGUGGAUCCACUGCGCUGCGCAUGAUGUCUGGAGGUGCCGAGUCCGUGUGCAGAUCUUAUGACUGGGAAACUUGCUCGUCGUUUGUUUUGAUGUGAGACAAGAUGCAUCUGUUUCGGAGUCACCAUUACCAAGUCUUCCCAGACCGCUUCUCGGUGGAAACGCCGAUGAUUCGGGGCAUCAGCUGGACUCCGCUGCCAGAGGCCCUGAAUUCAAAGGACACCAUGAAGCAGUUUCUUUCAGAUCGUGUCGUAAAGGCGGCCAGAUCAGUAAUAAGCGUUAUGAUAGAGAGGAACCCUGGUCUGAUCCGAGACCGGAAGCAUCACCUGAAAACAUACAGACAAUGCUGCUCCGGCAAAGAACUUGUUGAUUGGCUGCUAAAACAAAACGAAUGCCUCCAAUCGAGGAGUCAAGCGGUUGGAAUGUGGCAGGUCUUGGUGGAUGAAGGGAUCCUUAUCCAUGUGAAACAUGAGCUGAAUUUCCUCGACAAGGACACCCAGUUCUAUCGCUUCCAGGAGUCCGACUUUUCCCCGAACCACGCAAAUGAGAAGGAGUCGGAGGACGAGCUCCAGGAGGGCCUGUCUCUGCUGUCUCAGCUGGGCCCCGAUGCUCUGCUCACCAUGAUUCUGCGCAAGUGCCCCAGUCAGAGGAGUGCUGAGGACCUGGAGGUCAUCUAUGAGGAGCUGCUACAUGUCAAAGCUGCAGCCCAUCUCUCCGCCACAGUGCGUAAGGAGCUUGCAGCAGUGCUGGUCUUCGAGUCACAUGCCAAGGCCGGAACAGUCUUGUUCAGUCAGGGGGAUAAAGGCACCUCCUGGUACAUCAUCUGGAAAGGCUCUGUAAAUGUCAUUACACACGGGAAGGGCCUGGUGACUACACUCCACGAGGGUGAGGACUUUGGGCAGCUCGCUCUGCUGAACGACGCACCCCGCGCCGCCACCAUCAUCUUGAGAGAAGACAACUGCCAUUUCCUACGGGUGGACAAACAGGACUUCAUACGGAUCCUCAAGGAUGUGGAGGCUAAUACAGUGCGACUGGAGGAGCAUGGGAAGACUGUGCUGGUGCUGGAGAAGAGCGCAGACCCCUGCGGGCAAGGAGGAGCGGCAAACAACAGCAAGUACACAGUUAUGUCGGGAACACCUGAGAAAAUCCUGGAGCACCUACUGGAAACGAUAAAGCUGGAUUCUAAUGGAAAUGACGCCAUAGAUCCCUGUGUGAGCGACUUUCUGCUUACCCACAAAGUCUUCAUGCCCUCAAGCCAGCUGUGUCCUGCCCUACAGCACCAUUACCAGGCGGAGCUCUCCGAUGGUUCAGAUCAGGAGAAGGCUGCCUACAUUCUCAACACCAAGCAGAAGGUAGUGAAGCUGAUCGGCCAGUGGGUGGCACUGUUCGGACUUCUCCUCAAAGAAGACCCCAUUGCUUUUGAGUUUUUGGAGAAGUUUAAAAAGGAGGUGGCAGCUGAUUACCGUUUGUCCAGCAUGCUGAAGGAACAAUUUAGGGACAGGAGGAGAACAAAGGUGUUGGAGAAUGGAUAUCACUCAGUGAGCAGGAGCCAGCAAUUCGACUGGUUUGCCAACAGUGAGGAGCCAAUGGGAAGGUUACAGCCAAUCAGAGCACAGGAUAAAGUGCUGUAUGAGAUCUACAGGCCAGACAACAAACCUCUCACAGUCAUGCUGCCAGUGGACACGUCUGUACAGGACGUGAUGUCAGCGAUCGUCAAACCUGGAGGAGACCACAUCCUGGUCAAAAUGAACUCCACAGGAGAAAGAGCCCAGUUAAAGCUGGAUGCUACUGCAGUCUACACCGCCCUGGGACUCAACGAGAAACUGUUCAUCUGCACAAGCAGCCAAGUGGAACAACUGAUGCCACUGAAGGAGCAGCAGGGUCCAGAGCAAGGAACAACUGACAUCCUUGAGCAGAUGGGCUCCAAAGACAUUGCCAGUGAACUCACCAAUUACGACUGGGAACUAUUCACUGCCAUGCACGGGGUGGAGCUUGUCUACUACAUAUUUGGCCGUAACAAAUUUCCAGGCGCCACCACAGCUAACCUGGAGCGGUUCGUGCGUCGCUUCAACGAGGUGCAGUACUGGGUGGUGACCGAGCUGUGCCUCUGCGAAGACCUGGUGAAGCGAGCCAUCCUGCUCAAGAAGUUCAUCAAGAUUGCUGCUGUCCUGAAGGAGCAGAAGAAUCUCAAUUCAUUUUUUGCCGUGAUGUUUGGCUUAAGCAACAGUGCCGUGCAGAGGCUUUACAAGACCUGGGAGAGAAUUCCCAGCAAGACAAAAAGAAUUUACUGCGCUUAUGAGAGACUGAUGGAUCCUUCACGCAACCACAGAGCCUACAGACUGGCUGUGGCCAAACUCGGUCCUCCUUACAUCCCCUUCAUGCCUCUUCUGCUGAAAGACAUGACAUUCAUCCAUGAGGGAAACCCGAACUACGUAGAAAAACGGGUCAAUUUCGAGAAGAUGCGAAUGCUGGCCAAAACAGUGAAGAUUGUACGAGAAUGCAGAAGCCAGCCUUAUGUGCCUUCAUCGCCACAGAGGGGCCUGGCUGAUCGGAUGUUUCUGGAAGGACCUUCUACUCGCAUAUCUACAUGCUCAGAACACGGCGUCCCUCUGCGAAGUCCCAGCAACAUCAGACAUUACAUUCAAAACCUGAAGGUGAUUGACAACCAGCGCAAGCUAACGCAGCUAUCGAGAACACUCGAAUGCUAGGACAUCAAUCAGCAAAAAGACAAGAAAAAAAGACUGUAGCAAAAUCUUAACCAGAGAACGGAGCUGGAUGUACAAAACUUCUACACUUGCCAGAUCGGGAAGCGUACCUGGAUGUGCCAUGGAUAUUUUCUUCAAUUUCAGGAGCUUGGACAUUCGCAGCGACACUUUUUGCACGACAUGGCAAUCGGAGUGAAAAUGUGCCGUUUGCACAGUAAUGAUCUCCAAUGCUGAACCAGAGAAAAUGACUCUGUCCACAGGAAUUGUGGGACACAUUUACUCCAACAUGCCUUACUUCGCAGCAGCGUGUAAACAUUCGUAGUGAUCCUUGCAGAAAAGGCAACAUUACAACAUGUACAGCUAAGUAUUCCUCUUCUUGGUGUCAAAAUUCAUUUUAUGUGACAUUUCAUAGCUGCCGUCUGUGGAAGAAUUACACAGAUGACUCCAAAAGGGCCAUAGGAACACAAUCUGUACCGCAACUAAUCACUUUAGGUCAGUUUGUCGUGCACUUGUGUUUUCACAUUAAACUUAUAUACAUACCAAUAUGUAGUGGCCCCAGGACCACAAAGUGACAUGCAUAUAAUUUAAUACAGUGCUGUUUUCUAAAUAAAUUAUUUUCCCAGUUAUGCGUAUUCAAUGAAAGCACAAGCAUUUGUAAAAAGGGAAAGUUUUAUUUAAAGUACAAACCAUAUCAGGCAAAAAUUGACUUUCUACAGAGCACCCCGCUUCCAUCGGACACAAAAGGUUUCCCCAAUAUGGGGUGAGAAACAGUUAUCACUUGAAUUCAAAUCACUUUCCUUAUCAUAAAUAUGUACAACAUCAUUUUGAAAGUCCCAGAGAAUGAAAACGGGCUGAGACAUGUUUAAAAAAAUUAAAAA